CGAGGCUGUCGAGGCGAGCCAGGUUGACUUCGCGUAGGUACCUCCGUGGCUACGUCCAUCGAUCAAUACCUAUAAUAGGACCUGCCUCCGCGAUGCCCUGCUCUCUCGUCCGGCACCUGGGGUUGCUAGAAACUCUCCCCGUCCCUCAUCUCGUCUCUCCCUUCUCUUAACCAUAGAUGAGCUAAACAACGAAGACUACCAAGUAGCGCUGUUAGGAAUCGAACCUAUCCUUCGUUAAGUAACCUAAUGAUCUACCCUUUCUCCCCCCCCCCCUAACGCGCCAUCUUGCACACGAGCUACACGCUACCCGACUUCGCUUACCACCACCACCAUGUCCUCGCAUAUGGAUGUGGCGCGGUUCGCCUACCUCCCCUCGGAAGUGGGCGCGUGCGAGGACCUCGAGAACUACAAGCCGGGGGGCCUGCACCCGGUGCACCUGGGCGACGUGUACGACGGCGGGCGGUACCGCGUGGUGCACAAGCUGGGCUUCGGCGGGGCGUCGACCGUGUGGCUCGCCGCGGACGGCGGCGACGGCGGCGGCAGCGGCAGCGGAGACGUCGUCGAGAGCCGGUGGGUCGCGCUGAAGAUCGUCGCGGCGCGCGCCUCGGCCGCCGCGUCGCACGUCUCGGCCACCGCGUCGCUGCUCUCCCCCUCCCGCCUCUUCGCCGCCCCCGCCCGCCAGUUCUGGAUCGACGGCCCCAACGGCCGCCACGCCUGCCUCGUGCUGCCCGCGCUCGGCCCGGACCUCUCGCGGCUCGCGCGCGGCGUCGACUCGCGCCUGACGCCGCGCUUCGCCGCCCGCGUCUGCCUGCAGGUCACGCUUGCCCUCGCCCAGCUCCACUCGCGCCGGCUCUGCCACGGAGACCUCGCCACGAGCAAGAUCCUGCUGCGCCUCGAGCCCGAGUUCUACGCGUACAGCGAGGCCGACCUGGUCCGCGUCUUCGGGCCGCCGCGGACGGCCCCGCUGCGGACCUGCUCGGGGAGGGCGCCGGGCCCGCGCGGGCCCGACUACGUCGUCGCGCCGCUGGACUUCUGCGCCCCGAGCACCAACCUGCUCAGCGGCGAGAUCUGCAUCCUCGGCCGGGGCCAGCCCUCGACCCCCCCGCCGGCGGCCCCCCCCGACGUCUGGGCGCCGCACCUCGCGCCCGAGGUCGCCGUGGCCGGCGGCGCCGGCCCGGCGUCCGACGUCUGGGCGCUCGGCUGCGCCAUCUUCCGCAUCCGGUCCGGCGAGGACCUCUUCUGCGACACGGGCUGCGCCGACGACGGGCUGCGCCAGAUCGAGAGCGCCCUCGGCCCGCUGCCCGACGCGUGGCGGGAGACGAGGUUCGACGGCGAGGGCCGCGCCGUCGUCGGCGACCGCGGCGAGGGCGAGCGCGUGCCCUUCUGGAGCUUGGACGACGCCUGGCCCCUGGAGGACCGCGUGUGGCCGAUCGCCGACGAGCCCCCGGGCCUGUUCCUCAACGGGCGCGGCGAGGCGGCGGACGGCGUCGUGCCCGAGGACGAGGCCGAGCGCAGCGCGCCCUACCCGCCCGCGUUCGCCGGGAUGGUGUGGAAGCCGACCGCGGUUUCUGUCGACGGAUCUUACCUGAGCAACUACUCUGACGAGGAGACGGAGGUCUUGCUCGAGGCGUUCCCGACCAUCCCGGAAACGGAGGCGGUGCUGCUACUCGACCUCUUGUAUCAAAUCUUUACCUACGAUCCUGCUGAGCGCCCUACGGUAGAAAAGUUGUGUCUGCACCCUUGGUUUUCUGUAGCUGCGGGCCGUGAAUGGGCGCCUGGCUGAUACUUGGUAAUAAUUAACGAUGACAAUGCACUCCUGGGGGGUUGGGGGACCUUCCCAUCUUGGCCUGUCGUCAUUCCGAUUUCCCAGGAAUGCUUUGGUGCCGAAACCAAGGGAAGAGGGCGAAGGCAGAUUCGUUGUAGACGCAUCUCCUUUCAUUGUACACUAGAUAGAGAUAGAGAUACACAAUCUACUACGGGGCAGUGCCAUCACCUCUAGUCACCCCAGCUGUUAAUGUUCGCGGCCCGUUGGUAAGACGGACGAGGUCUCUUAUCAGAUCAAGUGGCUGCGACACCUAGAUUCCACGCGGGAGCCGGAAGAGGC